AUGAAAUUAAUUAAAAGUUCGUUAAUUAUAACGAGAAAGUUGCAUGCAGGAAUAUCAACAACCUUGCAGAAAACACAGCCAGAUAUUGUAGCUAAAAAUCAAACAUUAACAGAUACUUUUGGAAGGCACCAUGAUUACCUAAGAAUAUCUUUAACAGAAAGGUGUAAUUUAAGGUGCCAAUAUUGCAUGCCAGCCGAAGGUGUCAAACUAUCAGAAAAAUCAAAAAUUCUUACAACUGAUGAAAUUAUUCAAAUAGCAGAUUUAUUUGUUAACGAAGGGGUAAAAAAAAUUAGAUUAACAGGUGGUGAACCCACUACAAGAAAAGAUUUAACGGAUAUAAUAACCCAAUUAAAGCAAUUAAAUGGUUUAGAGUGUGUGGCAAUGACAACAAAUGGUUUGGUUCUCACCAGGCAAUUGGUUGCUUUGCAGAAAGCAGGUUUGGACAUUUUAAAUAUUAGUUUGGACACGAUUAAUAAAUCUCGUUAUGAAAAAAUUACCAGAAGGAAAGGUUUGGAAAGGGUAUUAAUGGGUAUAGACUUGGCUCUUCAGUUGGAUUAUAAUCCUGUAAAAAUAAACUGUGUUGUUAUAAAAAAUUUUAAUGAGGACGAAAUACUUGAUUUUGUUGAAAUGACUAAAGAAAAAAAUGUUGACGUAAGGUUCAUAGAAUAUAUGCCUUUUUCUGGCAACAAGUGGGAAGUUGAUAAAAUGGUAUCCUACAAGGAAAUGCUGGAUAUUAUCCAUAAAAAAUGGCCUGAAUUUUCCCCCCUUCCAAACGGUAAAAACGACACGUCCAAGGCGUGGAAAGUUCCAGGAUAUAAAGGACAAGUUGGUUUUAUAACAUCAAUGAGUGAACAUUUCUGUGGUUCAUGCAAUAGAUUAAGAAUUACUGCUGAUGGAAAUCUUAAAGUAUGUUUGUUUGGAAAUACUGAGGUCUCUCUAAGAGAUGCCAUUAGAAGCAAAUGUUCACAAGACGAUUUGGUGGCAUUAGUUCAAGCGGCUGUUAAAAGAAAGAAGAAACAACAUGCAGGGUUGCCAGCACACAAAAAACACGCCCUGUGGCCACUGCAUACUUUAAAAACGAACCCAUCUAGUCAUCCAAACUUGCUAACGGCAACACCGCUACAGCACCAGUCGGUCAGCUUCUACUGCGCCGGCGCGGAAAAAAGUUUCUCCCACGUCGACGCAGACGGCAAAGUGCGCAUGGUCAACGUGUCGGGAAAAGUCGCGACGGUUCGCAGAGCCACCGCCAGAGCGAGCGUCAGAGUCGGCCACGAAAUCGCCGCCUUGAUUAGGGAGAACAACGUGAAAAAAGGCGACGUGCUGAGCGUAUCUCAGAUGGCCGGGAUAUUGGCCGCGAAGAAGACGGCCGACAUCAUCCCGCUCUGCCACAACAUCCCUCUCACCGGCGUCGAGGUGACAGUGCAACUCGACAACGUGCUGAAGCGAGUGCUGAUCGAGGCGACGGUCGAGUGCGAGGGUAAAACGGGGGUGGAAAUGGAAGCUUUGACGGCCGCCGCCGUUUCGGCUCUCACGGUUUACGAUAUGUGCAAGGCCGUCACCAAGAGCAUCACCAUCGGUGAUAUUCAUUUGGUGAGCAAAUCGGGCGGGAAAUCUGGCAACUAUGCUAAACCGGAGAUCAGCGUUAGAGAAUAUGAAAGGGCACCCAUUGUACAGCCGUCGGUUUUUGUUGGUGGAGUUUAA